GAAAAUCCGUGGAUAACUGGUCGUGAUGUUCAACGGUGUCACCGGGUAUCAUGGAUGUAAUUGGAUGUUUCCGGUCCAGCGAAGGAAAAUAACAACGGGAACGAUGACGUCGUCGUAGCUCCGGGACCGUUCUCGUGACAAGUUCGAAUGACGAUUCAGUGGUGGUGGAGCACCUUCGAAAAUCGUGGCGCGCGUGAAGCGACGACGAUCCUCCUCACGGCAAUAUGACCGACAGAAUUACGUAGUGGCGCGUGGAGUGUCAGAGCAGCAGUAACGGGACUAGUGUGCUUCUUCUCCGUCGUUGCCACGAGAAGAAGAAGAGGAGGAGGAGGAAGAACAACCGUAUCGCAAGGUGUAAAUUGUGCUACAACGUCGAGAGGGAUUUUCUUUCCUUCGGGGGAAGGGUUUUCGAGUGCUGUGAUUGGAUUCAUCCAGGAAAUCCAUGCGACAGACAUGUCGGGUCGACAUCUAGGUCGGCUCGACGACGUUAAAUCAGCUGGCAUCGGCGACUUGGUGUAAAAACGUGUCGAACAAGGUGGUAGUAGUCGAGGAAAAAUAAGAAGAAUAAAGUAGAAGAGGGUGGAUCAAGUAGAGUGGAGCGAGGGCGCAAAAUGGGAGCAGCGAAAUUCGUGUUGGGAAGCGCUAUCCUCGGACUGUUUUGGAGCGGCUUGUUCAAGGGUGCUCUGACAAACUCGAUGAACAGGUGCAACUAUCCCCCCUGUUCCUGCGACCAUCAUGGCAGGCUGACCUGUGACUGUAAAGAGGAAGGAGAGGAACUGGUGUUAACAACGGAGGGCGACAGAAGACUAAGCCCUCACACUAGCAGAAUAGCGGUGAGCAAUUGCUCGUCCGUAAUCCUGACGAACUCAAGUCUAGCCUCGAUGGUCGGUCUACGGUACGUGGAUCUGAUCAACGUGGCGAAUCUAAGCCUGGUGAAACACAGUUUCGAACUGUCCCCGCAAAGCACUCGUACGCGGAUCUCCGUGAGGAACUGUAGCAUCGACACGAUACCGAGUUUCGUCUUUCGUGGGGACGUAGAGGCGAUCAGCUUCGAGAACGUGAGGAUUGGCCAGCUGAGCGCGUUCUCGUUCGUCAAUCUGGUGCGCACCGAUACUCUCAGGCUCGAGAAUUGCAACAUCGAGAACAUGGAGGCGCAAGCUUUCAAGAAGUUCGACGUCGGUUACUUGCACGUGAUCGGCGGCAGCUUCGGCGACCAAGUGCCGAGCAGAACGAUGAACGACAUAGAGGUCUAUCACAAGUUCAUGCUGGACGGUGUAAAAAUGGGGACAGUGAGAAGCGACGCGUUCAUCGUGAGAAGUCCGCGUACAGUGGCGAUACAGAAUUGCAUAGUCGAGAGCCUCGAGAGCGAGGCUUUCGACGUGACGGCAAGAGGAACGAUCAUCAUCAAGAAUAACACCUUCGGCAGCUUGUCCAUAGGCGCUUUCCUCGGGAUACGAGCGGAUCCCGAGGCUAGAAACGCGCCAUUUAAGAAUAACAGCGUGGUGAACUUCGAGGAGGGCUCGAUGAUGUUCGACCGGAGCAGCUUUCGCUUAGAACUCGACAACCUAUUGGUCGACCAACCGUGCGACUGUCAGUUGCUACCCGUCUGGAAGAACAACAUUCUCAAUUACACGAACGUCUACUCGAGGUUCUACACCAGACAAAACAUCGUGUCGCCGCCUACGUUAUCCCCUCAGGACACCAUCAACGAGACCCCAGAAACGUUUCUCUGUUCGGACGGCGACGUAGACGGUGUACCGACGAGUUUCAUCGAAUACGAGACACGUCACUGUUCGCUAGGCGGGUCUAUACUAGUCUUCGUUCUGAUCAUCGUCGGUCUACUGGUCCUGUUAACGCUGAUCACCUGCCUGAUCAUCUGGUGCUGCAGAAGGCGUCGCCCUAACAGCCGGAAGAAAUGGCACAGUGUCCCUACGACGAACGCGCCUGACGUUGUGUCGAAGAAAAACGGCGUGAUAGGAAGAGAUGCAGCGACGUCAGCCGCACCAGUCGACAGCCGGAUAACCAUGGUGGUGCCUGACGGUAGGCUCUACAGGGAAACCGAGUUCCACGUGAUCGUCGAGAAGGCAGAACCGUUGACUACAGAGUUGUAA